CACAUGUUAGAACGUGAUUAGAUGAAAAUAGCAAAAUAGUGAUAUUUCCGUUCCACAUACAAGUUCUUCUAAUAUUGUUUAGACGAGGGUUAUAUUUCCGAGAGAUUCUACAGUCUCAACAAACUGCUUGCUAUGUAAGCCUUAGCCGCGGCUUUCAGUAACGGCUACAAGUAAGACCACGUGUGGAAACCGGUGGAUUCAACGGUUUAGAUUUGACUUUUACACUUUGUUCGACUCGGCUACAGCUUAGAGCCAAAGCCGCAGCAGCGGCCUGAAGAUUCUCAAAACGGACAGCAGCAUACGUGUCACUUCCACUGCCGUUAGAUCCAACACCCCACACUCCAAUCCAACAACCCAAAAACCCCCACCUAACUCACAACUUAUCGAGAAACAACCGGCCCAGAACGAUCCACGUGUCGCUCCCGAUGCAUUAUUAACCCUCCAGAUCCAACGGACCCCAACACCUCCGCCUCUCCUCCCGCAUCGCUCUCCGACGCAGUCCAUCCGAGACGCCCAAGACCCCCGAUAAUGGCCGAUUCGGACAACGACUCGGGCGGGAACAACGACGGCAGCCACGCUCAGAGCGGGGAGCUGUCGGCGCGUGAGCAGGACCGAUUCCUGCCGAUCGCUAACGUGAGCCGGAUCAUGAAGAAGGCGCUGCCGGCGAACGCGAAGAUCUCGAAGGACGCGAAGGAGACGGUGCAGGAGUGCGUGUCGGAAUUUAUCAGCUUCGUCACCGGAGAGGCGUCCGACAAGUGCCAGAGAGAGAAGAGGAAGACGAUCAACGGGGACGAUUUGCUCUGGGCGAUGACGACGCUAGGGUUCGAGGAGUACGUGGAGCCGCUCAAGGUUUAUCUGCAGAAGUUUCGGGAGGUGGAGGGCGAGAAGACCACCAUGGGCGGCAGAGACAAGGAUAGUGCAGGCGGCGGCGGUGGGGGGGCUUCCGGUGGCGGUGUAAGCUCUGGGUCAAGCGGCGGUGGUGGUGGGUAUAAUGGGGUUUAUGGUGGAAUGGUGAUGAUGGGUAAUCAUCAUCAUAAUCAGGGACACGUGUACGGUUCUGGUGGCGGGUAUCAACAACAUCAAAUGGGUAUGGGAAGUGGAGGAGUUAGGGUUGGGAAUAGUGGAGGUUCAGGUAGUGGUGGAAAUGGUGGAGCUUCAGUUGUGAGGUGACUCAGGUCAAUGCAGGUGCUUUGCUGGGUGGGUUUAAUUAGGGAUGAUGAUUAUGACUGUUAAUCUUAAUUUAGGUGGGUUAAUUAAAUUUCUUGCGUUCUAUAUCUGUGUGUGUGUGUGUGUUUGUCUGUAAGUGUAAUUGUGGGAAAAGGAAAGGGGUAUAGUGGGAAAGGAAAAAUGUAUGUAUGUAGCUAAUAGAGGGAGGGAGGUAAGAAAAAGUAGAAACAAGAACUGGGUGUAUCUGUAAUUGUAUCAUAUUGAUUCUCAUGUAGAUAGUUUUGAUUAAACCCCAAUUUAUUUGUUGGACUUUGGUUGGUUCUAAAUUUCCAA